AUGUAUUUCCUUGUCAUUUUGUUGUUCCUGGCGUGUGUUUUCAGUGCAUGGGGAAAUCAGCAAGUAUAUUCCGAUAACAUCACGAGAAUUUUGGACAGACUGCUAGAUGGCUAUGACAACCGGCUGCGACCAGGAUUUGGUGGUCCUGUGACUGAGAUCAAAACAGACAUUUUUGUCACCAGCUUUGGCCCCGUUUCAGAUGUUGAAAUGGAGUACACCAUGGACAUUUUCUUUCGGCAAACAUGGGUGGACAAGAGGCUGGUAUUUGAAGGGCCCAUUGAGAUCCUCCGGCUCAACAACCUCAUGGUGGAUAACAUUUGGACCCCGGAUACCUUCUUCCGGAAUGCAAGGAAGUCUUUUGGUCACAACAUGACCACUCCAAACAAGAUGUUCCGCAUCAUGCAAAAUGGCACAGUCCUCUACACCAUGAAACUUACUAUCAGUGCAGAGUGUCCUAUGAGACUGAUGGAUUUUCCGAUGGAUGGACAUGCCUGUCCUCUUAAGUUUGGCAGCUAUGGAUACCCUGCCAGUGAACUUAUUUAUACUUGGAAGAAGGGAUCAUCUUUUUCAGUAGAAGUACCAGAAGAUUCAUCAAGCUUACUUCAGUACGAUCUUGUGGGCCAGAGAGCAUCCAACGAAACCCUCAAGUUUAAAACUGGCGAAUACUCCGUCCAGGUUAUCCAUUUCCUUCUGGAAAGAAAACUGGGCUACUACCUCAUUCAAACAUACAUCCCGCUGAUCAUGACAGUUGUUCUGUCGCAAGUUGUAUUCUGGAUCAACAAAGAGUCUGUCCCUGCACGUACUGUGGCAGGUAUAACAACUGUUCUCACCAUGACGACUCUCAGCAUCAGUGCUCGGUCCUCGCUGCCCAAGGUGUCCUACGCGACAGCCAUGGACUGGUUCAUCGCCGUGUGCUUCGCCUUUGUGGUCUUUGCGCUCAUUGAGUUCGCUGCAGUGAAUUAUUUCGCCACGCUGCAAGCCAAUCGGGAAAAGAAAAAGAAAGCUGCACUGGAGGCAGCAGCCUCCGCGAGCGAUGAGGAGCUCACAUCGCUCCAGUCUGAAUACUACACUGAGCUGAAGAAGAGGAACUCUGUGUAUUACGGUGAGCAGCCUAUGGCCUCUCGGGUCCCCAUCUUCCUGCAGCAGGGCUCAGCCAUCCCUCCCGACCAUAUAUUGACGGGCACCAGCAUAAUCGACCAGUACGCUCGCAUCCUUUUCCCGCUUUCCUUUGCUGCCUUCAACCUGGUCUACUGGAUCGUCUAUCUGACUAAGGACAACAUGGAGGCAUCCAGGUACAGGGAUUCACCGCUCAACCAAUACUUGUAG